AUGGAAGAACAAAGCUCCCCCAGCGAAGAUGGUUCUUCUUCCUCUCCUGGAUUGGACGCCGGAGCAUCGUCAUCUGAUGCGCCCCCUUCUACAAGACAAGACAGCUUCAAUACCUUCAUGAAGAGCAUCCAGACACAGUUCACAAAGCUGAAAAGCUCAAAGUCUGCCGGGUCUUCAUCAGCAGAACCUGAAGUCAUGGAACUUGUUCCCGAGGAGGAGAGAGAGCCAGUCUCAUUAUACUCUGAAAGAGCUCUCGAAGAGGCGAUUGACGAUGUCACCCGAGAGAUCCAGGAGAAUCUGGCAUAUCAGCGUCUGGGCCAGGCUUGCUUGGUCGAUCCAGCAACAAGAAACGCUCUUCCGUCCAUAGAGCACGUGUAUACCGCAUACCGAGAUAUCAUGGACAAUGCCACUCUGCAUGACACUAUUCACAGCUUUGUCUCUGAGAAGAUGGAGCUGGAGCGCAACUUGGCUCUGGAGGCUGUAAAUCAGGGGGAAAUAGGAGACUUGGGAUUUGCUUACUGUUUUCACCCGGAUGUCGAUACCACUCCCGGUUCAUGGGGACUGAAUAUGUCCAUCUCACCAGGCUGGGGAGGUAAUAAUCUCGUGCACAUUGCCCCCGUGGAAGGGAUCAAGUUCGGAAACGAAGAAGUGAGAAGUUGGUUUGCAGAAGGCGAAAAAUCUGUGAUGGCUGAGACGGGUAAGAGGUUGGCUACAGAAGGCACCGAGCUUGUUAGCAACAUGAAGAGGUAUCCGGACCCCCGGGUGUCGCCGAUGUUUGAGUGGGACACAAUGGAUGAGAGGAUCGAGCAAUACGAUUGGCACGGAAUUGGCAAAAGCAUCAAGGAGACGCUUGCCGGGACGAUCGAUGAGACCAUCGCCGCCAAUGGCGAGCAACGAAGGGAAGGAGGAUUCAGCGGGCAAGGUGAACAGCGAAACAUCUGGCUACAGCCCAUCACCGCUCUCACCGAAGACGGGUUGAGCGCUUCUCUCAGGUGGAGUUCGAAGGAUGGGUUCUUUGACGGGACAGGCAAGCCAGAUGAGAUUGAUAUUGGUUCGCUGGUGGAAGGCGGUUUGGAAGCUUGGCGGGACAUCAAGGGAAAGAAGAUGGUGAGGGAUUGA